AUGGAGACUCAAACAGAAUGGGGGAAAAUGAGUGAUCCAUUUUCUGUUAAUAGGACGGCUUCGUCGCCACCAAUGGAGACUGGAGAGGAGUGGAUGCAAAAAGAUGAUCCAUUUUUAACUAUGAGGACGCCUUCGUUGCCGCCAAUGGAGACUGGGAUGGACUGGAAGGAAAGAAGGGACCUCGAGACACAGACGCACGGGGACGCGCAGCAGAAUAGAUGGGAUAAACUGAAGAAUGUUAUAAAUGAAGGGAAUGGAACCUCUUCUUUGCCGUCACCUGGUGGAUCUGGAUCUGUAGGAAGUGUUGGUUCAGCUGGAACUAAUUUUGAAACUCAACAACACCUGCCUAAUCAAGGUGCAAGUUGUAGUUCUAAUGCGAUACCUCCAGUUAAUGGCACAUUGGAGCAAAUGCAGCAUCUGAUAGUAGUAGCUAUUGAAGCUACUAAUGAGCAAUCACCCCACUUAUCGGGGAAAGAGGCACUCAAAAACUUCUUGCUCAAAAUGCCUGGUGUUUCCACCCAAGGUGAUGGACCAAAUGGAAUGAAGAUCGAAGGAUUCUUGUACGCGUAUAAGAGGGGAGGAGAAGUGAAGAUUGUUUGUAUUUGUCAUGGUCAUUUUCUGACGCCAGCUCAAUUUGUCAAACAUGCUGGUGGAGGUGUGUUGAAAACCCUUCAAGGCUUAUAA